UCUCUGUGUAAGUGACAGUAAACACAGAUUGCACCAGCUCAGCACUGACCUGUGUGUGUGUGUGUGUGUGUGUGUGUGUGUGUGUGUGUGUGUGUGUGUGUGUGUGUGUGGAUGUGUGGAUGUUGGGGUUUUUUGGAUGGUUACCUGUCCUAUAUUCUACACCGGUGGGCGGAGGAUGAUCUGUAUAAAGAGACGGAUAGAGAGACGUCUUCACACAAGCAUCCACUGACAGUGUAGAACUCUCCGACUGAAAGUCCUCAAGCUAACUUAUCCACCUGAACCAUGAAGCUCAUCGCCGCCUCCGUCGCCUCCGUCGUCCGUCCGACCACCGCCAUGCUGGUCGUGCUGCCGCUGCUCCUGAUUGGCUGGACCGGGACGGCAGCGCUCCCCGUGGACCGGACGUUCAGCAAGCCGCUGAGGAACACCGAGACGUUCCAGGCGGUCCAGAACGUGUCGAAACACGCUCAGAGCAUCCAGACGGAGGACGACUCCAGCACCCGGCUGCUGCCCAGAGUCAACCCCAACCAGGACCACCUGAAGAUCUGUUGCCUGCACGCCAACAUCCUGGACUUCUACCUGAACAACAUCCUGCGUCAGCGCGACAACACGCAUCCCAACAUGCACCGGCUGAAGACCGACCUCACCCGUGUCAGCGAGGACCUGCAGACUCAAGGAUGUAACGUGACUCGCUAUCACGAUCAUCAGCACGCGGUGGAGUUUCGCACGAAGCUAACGAAGAUGGGUGGCGAGCGAGGGAUGAACAAAGCGGUCGGAGAGAUCGACAUCCUGUUCACGUACCUGCAGGACUUCUGCAUCCAGUCCAGAAACGACGCCGCCGCCAACUAGCCUCCAUUCAUCAUAUUUAUCAUAUUUAUCUCCUUUUAUACCAGCGGCUUUUAUACUUCUAUUUAUUCAGGAUCUGUUUCAAUUGAGAACACAUCAAAGAGUUUUUUUGAUACAGUAUUUAUAUUGACGAUUAGUUAUUUAUCUAUUUAUUGAUCUAGAGGGUUUUUGGAUCUGAAAGGACUCUGGUGUCGACCUCGUUGCCAUAUUACGGCUCAUUAUUAUUAGGAGUUACAGUAUUGAAACGUUGCACUCAAUGAACUGUGUGUUUACUUGAAAACAAAUAAAGUUUGCUUUUGAAUAUGAA